AUGUCUUUAAUAUUGCCUGAAUAGGAUAUUGGAAUUCCCUGUUAAUUCAAUCAUUAAAAUCCUCCUGAAUUUAUGGUUUUAAAUGGAAAUAAAAUAGCUACCUUUUAUUGCAAAGAAUGUUUAACUAAAUAGACUCUACCCAACAAUGCAAUAUCUAUUAGUAAGGCUAAGUAUGUUAUGAAAUAAAAAAAAUUGAGUUCGUUUAAAAUAGUUAGUCAUUUAUAUGAAAAUUAAAUAAAAUAAAUUGAAAAAUUAGCAAAAGAACUUAACUAAUUAAAAACAUACCUAUUUUAAUAGAUAGAUUAAUCAAUAUAGACAAUUAGUAUGUGGAGAUAAUAAUUAGAAUUAGAAUAAGGAAAUGAGAAGUUAUUUGAUUACAAAACAUUAUUAUAAUUAUUGCAUUUAAAUAAUGAAGAAUGUGAAUUAUAAGAACUCAUUAGACUUGAAUAAAAGAUUUUUGCUUGUAAUUAAACUUUUCAUAAAAAAAUAACACUUCACUUAAAAGAUAUCUUAAAUUUAGAUUAAUUUUAGUCAUGUCAACAAAUACUAAAUUAAUGUAUAGAUGUAUCUGAAUUAAAUAAACAUCUUACUAAAUAAAAAGAAUUUGAAUUUAAUCUAACAAAAGUAUAUCAAAAUUUUCCAAAUACACGAAUUCUAUUAGGGAACUUUGAUCAAAUCGAAUAUAAUAUUUAAAAUCAUUUAUAAAAUUGGAGAAAUUAUUAUUUAAAUACUGAAGAAAUAGCAUACUUUUAUUAAGAUAUGAGUAAAAAUCACAAUUUUCUUUCACUCUUAUUUCCAAAUUUUUUUAGUAGUUAAUUUUUUAUACAAAAUGUUAGAUUAAAUCCAUUAGAAAGAAAUGAAAUUAUUAAAGAUGAUAAAGUAAUCCAUAUUAAUAUUUAAUUUUUAGAUGAAAAAAUAAUUAAUUGAAAAUUGUUAAAUGUAUCUUUGUUAUUAAGGAGUUUAAUUGGCUGAAAAUAAAAUAAUUAUUUAAGAUAUUAAACAAUUUAAUAAAUAUAGAAAUGAUUAGAAAAAUAAGUAAGGUUUAUAAAGAGUAAUAUCUUCUUUAAGUGUUUUAAAUCAACGUAAAAAUGCAUUAUUGAUUAUUGCAUUUACUAAAGAAAAUGAUUUCUAUUAUUAAGAUACAUUUAUUAAUUAUGAUUUAUUAUAAGAAGAAGGUAAUAAGGAUGAAAAUGCAUUAAAAUUUUAGGAUGUAAAGUAAUAUUACUUACAAUAAGAUUUAAUGGAAGAAUAAUGGGCAACAUUUAAGAUUUUAACAAAUCAAAAUUUAGAUUUGUGA